GGGUGAAGAGGGAAGAUAUCAAGAUAAAAGUAGAGGAGAACCGGAUGCUGAGGGUCACCGGAGAGAAGAAGACUGAGGAGGAGGUGGAGGGUGAGAUAUGGCACCGAGCUGAGAGGAGCUCCGGCAAGUUCUGCAGGCAAUUCAGGCUCCCGACGAGCGCCGACAUGGACUCCAUUAAAGCCCACCUGGAGGAUGGAGUUCUGAGAGUGACUGUGCCCAAGUUGGCUGAGGAGAAGAAGAGACAACCCAGGGUGGCGAACAUAGUAGACGAGAGCAAUAAGGGUGAAGACAUCAAGACAUCCAAGAAUUAA